AUGGAUGCCGCUAUAUUGUUAGAUAGUCAGCUGCUCGCCACUGCUCGGGUGAACGUAGCCGAUCGCCAUGGAGCACCGCACGACGUCCGAGCACUGAUCGAUCAGGGAUCAGAGGUGUCGAUCGUUUCUGAAGCACUGGUGCAACGACUGAACCUGCCUCGAUCACGCACCGACAUGGCCAUCUUUGGGAUCGGAGGCGCACGACCAGGAUCAACGCGUGGCUCCACGUCCAGCACACCAGAAGAUUGGCCGCAUAUUCGAGGACUCCAACUGGCGGAUCCUCAAUUUCGCGAAAACGAUCCAGCCGAGCUACUCCUGGGAGCGGAGGUGUGCUCCUUAAUUCUUGAAGAGGGUCUACGCAAGGGUGGACCUCAGAUGCCAAUCGCGCAGAAGACAUCGCUAGGAUGGAUCCUCUCUGGAGGCUCCGACGUUGCAUCCGCAGAAGAGCACCGUUGCACAUUCCAGUGCACUGCCGAUCACGAGCUACUCGAGCUGGUGCAGCAGUUUUGGGAACAGGAACGGGAGCCCAACGCAGUCACGACACUCUCCGCCGAAGAGCAGCAAUGCGAGGUAUUCUUCGUGCACACGCACAAUCGCACCUCUUCAGGACGAUACGUGGUGAAGCUGCCGUUUUCCUCACCAAUCACUGCACUCCGCGAAACCCGCAAACCAGCCGAGCGGCUUCUCACAACGAUGGAGAGACGAUGCGUCCAGGAUCCUCGAUUCGGCAAUCUGUAUCGCAGCUUCAUGACAGAAUACGAAGACCUGAAACAUAUGACGCUGGUGACAUGCUCCACAACUAGCAAUCAGUCAACGUACUUACCACAUCAUGGAGUACUCAAGGAGUCCAAUGCCACGACGAAGCUGAGGGUCGUGUUCAAUGGGUCGCAGCGAACGCGAACUGGAGACUCUUUAAACGCACACCUCAUGACUGGAGCAAAUCUUCUGCCAGCUCUUCUGACGUACUACUCCGAUGGCGUCAACACCAGUAUGUCUUCGUUGCUGAUAUAG